AUGGCCUAUUCACCAGGGCCUCCGUCCCCCGGCGCUGGGGGCGCCUAUCAUGGUGGGUUGACUGCUAGGCUGCGGUCAACAAGCCCUCCUGGUGCUGCCUCUGGUCCAUUAUCCAAGCGAGACAAACGCCGCACUGCACUUCAAGAACGAUUGCAUGACUUGACGGCAACUUUCUCCCAAAACCGCGACUCCCAGUUCCGUCAACAGCUUCAUUCCCUACAGUGCGACAUGACGCUCAUCAAUAAUGCUGAUCCCUACCAGACCGGCCCUUUGCCAGACUCGUCAGAGGAAAUUGCACAGUUGAUUGAGGAGACUGUUGGCGGAGGCAAGUUUGCCAAAGAGAUGGCGAGCCUCUCCGGUACUUGGUAUGCCAAAUUUGUGCAGGAGGUCAAUAAUGUCAAGGAGCAAAAAGAUGCGGACCUGGCACAGAUCAUGAACCGACACCAGAACAAUCUAGAGCGCCACCGCCGCGAGUAUGACUUCCGCGUUCACUUCGCGAAAGAAGAAUUCAACCACCUGACUGGCACACUCCGGGAGCGCUUGAUGCAGAGCAUCUCCAGCAAACGAUCUCGUCUUAUGCGCGAGAAAGAACAGCUUGACAUUGCCGACACCAACGCGCUCCUUCUCCACCCCAAUCAGUUCAGCAUAACGAACCCGGCCAGCCCUGGUGGCAUUCAUGGCAACCGCAAAACCAGACAUACCCGGCAUCGUGUAGACCUGGACGAGCUGGGCAAUGGCAUUGUCUCGGAGUUGAACAAGCGUAAGCGCAAAGCGCCGGAAGAGGAGGCUGGGUCGCCCGUGCGGGAUGCGGGCGGCACAACCCCGGCCGAGCGCUCGAAGGCAUACCUGGAGAAGCAGACAGCCCCAACCUACUCGGUUCAGUCCUUGUUCACCGACAAGGAGCUUAGCGCACACGCCAAUCAGGCUCAUGUCGCUACGCAGCACUUCUUCUCGACCUCCAAGCGCGCCGACCAAGGCUCGGGUGCCAUCACCAACGGCAACAACACUGACGCAGAAGAGACGCCUGAUGCCACUGGCCAUGAAGACAACGGCACUCCUAGUGCGACUGACAUGAUGCGUACUGCCAGCCAGAAUUUCCAUGUCACCCGCUCUACCCGCACGACCGCUGCGCACAGCGCCCUCAGUGCUCUGGCCGAGCUGGCCGACAAACCCGCCACUCGUCCCUCGCUGCCAUACCACACUCUCUCCAACUACCACGCCCGACCUAAUGGAAAUGCCCCACCCCUCACCUCCCUAAUAGCCGAGGAAGUGGACGACGACUGCGCUCGCCUUGAGCGCCUGCACAACAAGCCUCCCGGCUGGAUCGACGCCACCCUGAUCGAGGUCGUCGCCUCUCCUCUGCCUGUGGACCCCGUGGACGGCCACCCACCCAACCCGGACCGCUUCACUUCAUUGCACCCUGACUUCCCUCCCAUCGUCGGCAUGCAGAUGCAACCAACCCGGUCCCACCCUGGCGCCGAGAUGUUCGCGCCGGUCAGCAUGGAGCGCGAGCGCAGCAACAAGCGCACCCGCAACCACUGA